CACACACACACACACACACACACACACACACACAAUCCCAGCUCUCUGAUUGGACUGGACAGGAGUUCGUGUUCACAGCUGACUGAUGAUGUCAUUGCCCCCCUCCAGGCUAACACCAGCCCUCCUAAGCUGAGCAGAGAGGAGGUCAAAGGUCGCGGCGCUCUGCUGUCUGACAUCUGUAAAGGCGCGCGGCUGAAGAAGGUGGAGGUGGUGAACGACCGCAGCGCUCCGCUGCUCGACAGUAAGAGCCAAACACCAAAGAGCCAAACACCACCCACAGACCACCCAUACAUUCGCUUAUACCAGUACCUACACCAGCAACAGAGCCCGCCUCCACAGCAGGGGGCGCCGUCUGAGGAGCAGCAGAGGACGGCCACAGAUAAGAGCUCCACCCCGUCACUAGAGAAGCCCAAAGGAGGCGGAGCAGCAACAGGGGGAGCCAAUGGGAGCGCAGCAGGAAGCCCAUCAGGUUCUGCUCCACCAAUCGGAGGGCUGUUCACAGGCGGAGUUCCUAAACUGAGACCAGUCGGAGACGGGUCCUCGGGUCGUUCUCCCUCCACUCGAGCCGCGGCGCCUCGCCCUCCCAGCCAUCGCCAUGACGACACAGAAAGCCCCUCCCCUCAGGCGCAGUCGCCGAUGGAGGCGUCACGCUCCCAGCGUCCCUCUCUGCCCAACCUGUCCUCCUCUCCCUCCCCCUCCUCGCCCUCCUCUGCAGCCUCCUCGCCCUCCACCACCAUGAAGCACUCCUCCUCUGCCCCGCCUCCACCUCCCCCGCUUUGUCGCCGUGGUAACGCACCCUCUCCUCCCUCCUCCUCCUCUUACAACAGAGAGAAGCCCUUCCCCCCGACCCCUAACAACACCCCGCCCCUCCCCUCCAAACCUCCCCCGUCUCCUGGCAACAGCAGACGCCCUCCCACUUCAGGAGGAAACCCCGCCUCCUCCUCUCUGGCCCCGCCCCCUCCACCUUACCGCAUCACCAACGGUCCGACAGGUGGCGACGCGGCACCCGAGUUGCCGCAGCGUCACAACUCGCUCAGCAACAAGAGGACGGCCCCCUCACCCGGAGGCCACACCCCCACCAGAGGCCCCGCCCCUCGCACCCCCGCUGCUCCUCCCCCGCCUCCCCCUCCGCUCCGCAACGGACACGCCUCCUCCUCCAUCCCUCGCUCAUUUGUCGAUGAUUUUGAGUCCAAGUAUUCGUUCCAUCCUCUGGACGACUUCCCUCCUCCAGACGAGUACCGACACUUCGCCAAGAUCUACCCCAGCAAGGCCAACAGAGUGAUGAGAGGAGCUCCUCCUCUUCCUCCUGUGGGGAGGUGAACCAGGAAGUUACAUAUACACACACACACGCACACACACACACACACACACACACACACAUACACACACAUACACACACAUACAACUUGUUUGAUGACAUUGUGUUCAGCUUCAUCAUCUUCCAUCACGCCUCAGCUACGCUCACAGCUGAUUGGCUGAGGAGACGUGUGAUCAUGUGACUGACUGCUGACGAAGAGGAGGAGCUGCUGAUGAAGAGGAGGAGCUGCUGACGAAGAGGAGGAACUGCUGAUGGAGAGAAGGAG